GUGACGCGGUAUACGAAAGCCGCCGUUUUUUCUGCCGUCGGGAAGCGAACGCCGAUUGCCGUCCGAUUUUCGACGGUCGGUGGAGAAAGCGGGUCUGCCGAUACCGUUAGGGAUCCUCGGGGAUUUGCUGUUAAAUUUUACACUGAAGAAGGCAACUGGGAUCUGGUGGGAAACAACACUCCCAUCUUCUUCAUCCGAGAUGGGAUCCUGUUUCCCUCUUUUAUUCACACACAGAAGCGCAACCCCCAGACUCACCUCAAGGAUGCGGACAUGUUCUGGGACUUUUUGUCGUUGCGGCCCGAGUCAACGCAUCAGGUUUCGUUCUUGUUCUCGGACCGGGGAAUCCCUGAUGGGUAUCGUCACAUGAAUGGAUACGGAUCCCACACUUUCAAACUGGUCAAUGUUGCUGGAGAACCCGUUUACUGCAAAUUUCAUUACAAGACUAACCAAGGCAUCAAAAACCUGACGGUGGAAAAAGCUGGAAAACUGGCUUCGGAAGACCCGGAUUAUUCAAUCCGUGAUUUGUACAACGCGAUUGAAAACGGAGAUUUUCCGAGUUGGACCUUUUAUUUCCAGAUUAUGACGUUCAAAGAAGCAGAGAAACAUCGCUGGAAUCCCUUUGAUGUCACUAAGGAACGAGCGAUUUCGAAUUUCGCAAAGGCGGACCCGAAAUACGGAGCAGCCAUCAGGCAGGAGUUGCACAAGUUGAAAACCAAGGCAGGGAAGUCAGCUAAGCUG